AUGGCGUUAGUGGUUUGCCAGUGGCUUCCCGAAUCCAUUAGGGUAUCGGGAGAGGCUCCUAUUGCGCAUCGGCAAAAAUAUUUGAUAUCGGUCACGUGGAUUCUAAAGUCCCGUUUUAUCAUCUGCGAUGGCUUUUUCUACCAAAAGGCUCGGCCACUUCUCAUGACCACACACCUAAGGAUGGCGGCAUCUUCCUUCAUUACCCGCCAACUUCCUUCUGAACGGUUUGUUGAAAGCUGCGGUGCCGUUCUGUUCGAUCUUACGGCAUCACCGGAGAAGAAAGUAUGCUUGCUUCAUUACCUGAGGAAAGACGAAUGGCUUUUAGCGAAGGGCCGGCGUAACUGUGGAGAAUCACGAAAGGAAGCUGCUCUGAGAGAAGUGGUGGAGGAGACUGGUUAUCUAUGCCAUCUGCUCCCGGUAACGAUGGCAACCCGAGCUCCACCUGCCGACGGAUCAACGGACAUUCCGGACAUGGCCCGCACAUAUCCUAAUCUCACAGAGCCUUUCAUGUUCACAAUGAGGGAAAUCGAAGGGGGGUCGAGUGUUAAAUUAAUUUGGUGGUAUAUCGCUACCCUGGAUUCGGGCUCUGGAGCCACGACGUUGACGGGCGAGGCUGAUUUUGCCCCCGAGUUCUUUCCUUGUGAAGAGGCAUUGGACAGACUCACAUUUCAGCCAGACCGAGAUGUCCUCAAGCAAGCUGUUAGGUUAGUAGAAGAAUCAACAGCUUUAAGGAACUCAACAUCACAACUCGAUUAUGAUAAGAACAAUUAG